AUGGCUUCAACUCCUCGUUUGGAUUUCUUUCGAGUUCAUGAUGAUCUUCGUUCAGUCAGCGCAGUCGCACACACAAUCAGUCUCUCGUUCUCGAAUGACCCGCUGAUCCGAUGGCUACGGCCUGCUGCUGCUCCAUGGAUGAGGCAGCAUACGAGCACAUUCAACUGGCAAUAUCGUCGGGUACAACGGUUCAUAUCUGAGGGACUUGUUUUUCAAUCGGCUCCGGUACAUCAGAUUGCACAUUUGUUUCCAUCAAAUCGACAGGUGUCACAAAAUUCAGCCGUGAUCCAGAAGAUACCAAACUCUCGUGAUGAAAAGGAUGCUGGCGUAGCUAUCAUGCUAUACCCGCCUUCCAGACAAAUCAAAUGGACGAUCGGAAGGCUACUCCUAAUUGCAAAGGUUUGGUUUCUGGAUCUGAUAAGCCCAGUGACAGACAAUGGGGCAAAAGUGAAGCGCGUGGAGACCCUUAUGAAGUCUCACGAAAACUCACUCAACGCCAUCAGAAAAAGAUAUGAUGUAAACGAUCUGUGGUAUCUUGAAGUAUUAGCUGUUCAUCCUUCUCUUCAAGGCCGAGGAUUGGGCAGCAUGGCGAUGCAGUGGGUUCUGGACCGUGUUCAGGAUUCGCCGAUUUUCUUAGAGUGCACAGCGGAGCAAAAUGUGAAGUUCUAUGAGAAGCUAGGAUUUGAGGUUGUUGAAAAAGUGGAUUUGACCGAUGAAAAAGACAUCGCCAAAGUUUGGCUCAUGUUUCGACAGGCACAGAAUCUCAGUUCCUAA